AUGAUGAGUUCCAAGAGACUUGCUCAAAUGGCAAGAAAGUGGCAAAGAUUGGCUGCCCUUGCGAGGAAGAGCCUCAUGCCAAUCCCGGCGAAAGAGACUGAGGAGUCAUCGUGCAGCACGUCGUCAGUGGCUGGCAAGGGCCACUGCGUCGUGUACUCUGCUGAUGGCAGGCGGUUUGAGUGCCACUCUGGUGUACCUCGGCACCACGGUUUUCAGCGAACUCCUGGACAUGUCGCAGGCGGAGUUCGGCUUCUCAGCUUAGCACCAACACUUGAUCAGUCCAUCAGCAAGCGAAGCACUACACCAAACUCACCAAGUAGCCGAAUACCACUUGUUAGCCAAGCAACAGACGGAAACAUGGUCAGCGCCAAGAGACUUGUUCAAAUGGCCAAGAAGUGGCAGAGGAUGGCUGCCAUGGCAAGGAGGCGGAUCGCACUGACGCCAGCGAAAGGAACCACCGAGGGAUCAUCGAGCAGCAAUUCGCCGGUGGCCGGAAAGGGCCACUGUGUGGUGUACUCGGCAGACAGCAGGCGGUUCGAAGUCCCGCUGGCGUACCUCGGCACCGCCAUCUUCGGCGUGCUCCUGAGCAUGUCGCAAGAGGAGUUCGGGUUCGCCAGUGACGACGGCAGGAUCAUGGUGCCCUGUGACGCCGCCGUCAUGGAGUACGUGAUGUGUUUGCUUACAAGAGAUGCAUCGGAAGAGGUGGUGAGGGCGUUCCUAAGCUCCAUGGUGAAGCCUUGCCACUGUGGAAAUGGCUUGGCGCAAUCCAUGGGAGUUAGCCAGCAAGCUGUGUUCUAG